AAAAACGCCGGGAAGGGCGUCAAGCCUCCGGAAAGGAAGAAAUCGAAGGGGGACGCUGAGCCAAAGGAUACCCCCCUGGUGAUCAUUGACGAUCCCCCCGCCGGCCAACCGUCAGCCUCUGCUCCCCUGGAGGAUCUUGUCGAGGGGGCCUGGCCCCUUGAGACUGUACACUUCCCAAUCAAAAAGGGAACAGCCAUCAUGCAUGGCACCCUCGACCCGAGGGAGUUCUUGAAGGGUGCCACUCCCUCGGUAGAUCGGUCCACCCUCAGCCGGUUUGGGGAUGAAGCCCUCGAACUCAAGGCUCUCCAAGCUUCGGCCACCGCGAGCCUGGCCUUCGGGGAACUGGUUCGUAGGGCGGAGCAGCAUCGCCUUGAGAGGGCUAAAUCCGCCGAGGUGACGAGGAAGCUGGUGGCCAACAAUACUGAGGCCAUUCGGCAGCUGGCGAAUUUGGAGGAGGCCCUCCGGCAGGCGGAGAAGAAACUGGAGGCAGCCAAGGAGGAAGCCCGGGCCGAGGGGAAAGCUGAAGCCGAGAGGGCCGCUGCUGAGUCCGCUAGGAUAGCCGCCGAGAAGGCUGAGGAGGCUAAAGCGGAAGCUAUCUCUAAGGCCAGGGAGGAGGCGGUGGCGGCUUUUAUUGCCGACGGCUGGAAGGCCGAAGAGCAGAAGCAGUGGGUGGCCUCAGUGGUGGAGGCUUCUGCCGAUGGCUGGGUGAAGGGGUCCGGGGCCAUGUGGUUGGCGCUGAAAGGCAAAAGUUUCUUCGAAGGCGGACAGUACUUCACUCAAGCCCUGAUUUAUCGCAAGUUGGCCCGGCACCAUGGGGUGGACCCGAAAGAGUUCGACCCGGCCCCGUUUGGUCUUCCCCCUCUGCUUCCUGACCUCCAAACCCCCAUGCCCGAAGGCGAGGAGAGGCCUUUGCUCGAGGACUCAGAGAUGGACAAGCUGGCCUCGGAUGAUGAGGAAGAAGCUGAGGAUGAUGCAGCCUCGAAACUGAAGGAUGACGUCACCGGGGGGGCCAGGCUUGAGAUUUUACUUGCCAUAUUUUGAUGUAAUAGUUGUAGGCCUCGGCCUCGGCCUUAUUUGUAAACAAACAUCCUUUGUUAACACUGUUUUUUUUUUUUAAUGAAUGCAAUAUGCCUCCGGGCUUCUUAUAUGAAUGAAUGUGCCUCCAUGUUUUGUCUGCCUUCGUUCCUUUUCCUUAUGAAUGAAUGCCUUUCGUCCUUUUUGCGCUUGUGUUUCAAUUUGCUGCCUCCGUGUAUGAAUGUAUGCUUUUGUUUCCUUCCGUAUGUUUGGCAGAGGGCAAAACUUUGUGGACUUAGAAUAUUUUCUAAGUAGAACCUGGCCACAGCCUUCGGCUGCACUGUAGAUUCGCCGGGGCUCAUCAUUGUGGACUUAGAAAAUAUUCUAAGUAAAAACUAGUUGCAUUGCAGGCCCUCAUUAUAGUAGCGUGACUCUCGGCCGGGGGCCGUCGGCCAUGAGUCUGUAGGUGAAGAAUAGCCCUACCGAAGGGUCCACAUUUGUGGACUUAGUCAUUUUCUCACCAACUUUCAACUGGUGUUGUAACGAAUCCUUCGAGUGUGGGAACUGCCUGAGCCCCCGGUGCAUAUGUUUGCCGAGGGGUUCGAAAUUAUGGACUUAGUGAAAUUGUGAGACUUUGUCUUCAACAGAUCUAGUGAGUAGCCUCCGGUUCGUGUAGAUAAUAGAUUCGGCUUGCCUUAGAAUUUUGUGUAUCCUUCGGUAUGUAACGUGUCGUCUUUGAUUCGAGCCAAAUUUAGGUGAAGCUUUGAUAGUAAGCCAUCUUCUUAUGCCUUUGGUGGAGUUCCUGUACUCCAAAGUUUUACGCAGUGAAGCCUUCGGCCUUGUGGUCGGAUGACUUGUUGUUUGCCAGAUUUUCUUGUGAAUCUGUAGGAGCCUUCGGGAAUGUAUAUCCGAAGUGUUGAGCCUCCGGGGAGAAUAGUAUCCGGGGAGUUCCUUCCCUCCUACACCUUUUUUUUUUUUUUUUUUUUUUUUUUUUUUUUAGAUCGUGUAGGAGAGGCGUCUAGAAACUUGGUUUCUAGGAAAGGCUUGGCCUAUAUGGGAGGCAACGGAAUAAACCGUUGGCUCCCCCUUCGGGAAUGACCUUCCGAUAUCCCGAAGGGUUUGAGGGUCGUUUCCUCGGCCCGAGACAUCGUCUGUUGCCUGCUUCCCCUUGGGGGAUAGCACGGAAAGCGCCUCGGUUUUGAAAGUCAUCCCCUCAGCCCGAGACAUGGUCUGUUGCCUGCUUCCCCUUGGGGGAUAGCGCGGGGAGCGUUUCGUUUGUGGAAGUCGAAUCCUGGGCCCGGGACAUGGUCCGUGGCCUGCCUCCCCUUGGGGGAUGGCGCGGAAAGCGUUCCUGGGAAGGGUUUUAUUCGUGUGUGGAACACAAAUAGCCGGGGGCACUUGGUACCAGCCGGAGCCGAGGGGUGUUGUACCCCCCGUUUUUUUUUUUUUUUUUUUUUUUUUUUUUUUGUAGGAAAAAGUUUUUGAAAACACUUGGUGUCUUCAAAGAGUGAUGGGGGUGACCCAUACACUUGGUACUUGGUACCUAAACUGUUGUUCCUCCUCAUAAGAGGGAGUGGCCUCGGGCCUUUUAUGGUGAAGAGAUGAGGGCUUGGCCACUCAUGUGUAGGAGAGAAGGGGGGGCCUUGGGCCACUUGUGUAAUAUGUAGGUGAUAAAGGCUUGGCCUUUUGAUUAUUCUUCAAGAACAGAUGGGGCCUUGGGCCAUUGAUAUUUACACUCGUUGAGGAUGAGGGCUUGGCCGCUCAUUGAUAAAACUUGACUAGGUGGUGCACAUUCCAAUGUCUAGGAAUCUCUGUCCCAUUAGGACGUUUUAAUUUGUAUGUCCCUGGUUUGAUGAUGGCCGAGAUGAUGUAGGGGCCCUCAAACUUAGGUGCCAUCUUGCCGCCUUCGGUGGGUAGACUGGCCUCCCUUCGUCGGAGGACGUAGUCUCCCACCUGGAAUUCCCGGGAGCGGACCUUGGCGUCGAUGUAUCCUUUGACUUGUCUCCUAUAGUUUUCGGCCCUGAGAAAAGCUUGCUCUCGGCGUUCUGAGAUGAGAUGAAGGUCGAGGGCCAUGUUGGCUUCGUUUGCCUCGGGCUCAUAUUGCUCAACCCUUCGGGUGGGAAGAGUUACUUUUGUGGGAGCCUUAGCCUCAAAGCCAUAGCAUAGGGAGAAGGGGGUUUCGCCUGUUGCACGCCGAGGGGUGGUGCGGUAGGCCCAUAAGAUGUUGUGGAGCUCUUCUACCCAGCCUCCCCCUUCGGCUUCCAGCUUCUUCUUCAACCCUUCGAGGAGGGUGCGGUUGGCAUUUUCUACUUGUCCGUUGCCCUGAGGGUAGGCAACGGAAGAGAAUGUGUGCUUGAUGCCCCAAGCUUCAAGGAGGGCACAGAAGGGGGCUGCUUCGAAUUGAGUCCCGUUGUCGGAGAUGAUUUGUUGGGGGACGCCAAACCUUGUGAGAAUAUUUUUGAGAACAAAGUGGCGGCACCGGGCUUCAGUGAUGCUGGCGAGGGGUUCGGCCUCUACCCAUUUGGUGAAGUAGUCAAUGGCCACAAUGAUAUACCUGUUGUUGGAGGUACCCCUCGGCAGAGGGCCUACUAAGUCAAUCCCCCAUCUGGAGAAGGGUAUAGCGGUACUGAUGGGAGCAUAGUUGACCGCUGGUCUGCCGGGGGCCUUCUGAAAGUGCUGGCAAGCGGUGCACCUUCGGGCUAGAUCAGCACAAUCUCUAGCCAUCGUGGGCCAGAAGUAGCCCUGAACUAUGAGCCUUCGGGACAUGGAGAAGGGUCCCUGGUGUGCUGAGCAAGUGCCACUGUGCACUUCCUCCAUGGCGACUUCGGCCUCAUCUUGAUGAAGGCACCGAAGGAGGGUGCCGUUGUAGGAUCUCUUGUAAAGCCUCCCGUUUUCGAUGGCGUAGCUGGGAGCCCUCAGUUUUGCUAACUUGGCGCGAGCUUCGUCUUGGGGCAGUUGCCCCGUGGUGAUGAAGGCGAUGAUGUCGGAGAUCCAAUCCUCCGGCCUCAGGUUAAUGUUCAUGACGGGGCUCGCGUGGAUGCUUGAGAGGCUGAGUUCCUCAAUUCUUGCAAUUUUGGAGAGGUGCUCGGGGGAUUCAUCCGAGAGCUUUGAUAGAAUAUCGGCCUCGGAGUUUUGAGCCCUUGGUAUUUGGGUGAGGGAAUGUGCCUCAAAUACCUUGAGCAACUCCUUAGCCGCUUCUUUGUAUUGUUUCAUCCUUCCUUCCUUGGCUUCGUAUUCCCCGGAAAUUUGACCCACGACAAGUUUCGAGUCACACUUAACGUGGACCAUCUUGGCCUUCAGAUUUGCUGCCAGCCGAAGGCCACAGAGGAGGGCUUCGUACUCGGCCUCGUUGUUGGAGACUUUGAAGGAGAAUCGGAUGGCGUAAUAGGCGCGGAAGCCCUCGGGUGUGAUGAGAACUACUCCCCCUCCGCAUGCUUUGGUAGCCGAGGAGCCAUCGGUAUAGAGGGUCCACCACUCAUCGAGGGGUGCCGAAGGCUCCUCAUCCACCGCUGAUCUUGCGGUGCAUUCCGUUACGAAGUCUGCCAGGGCUUGGCCCUUGAUGGCAGGCCUCGGACGGAUAUCUAUGUUGUAUUGGCUGAGGAAGAUGGCCCAUUUCACCAUCCGAGAGGAGCUAGUGGGACUCCUCAUGAGGGCGCCGAGGGGUUGAUGAGUGAGCACUUGGACCGGAUGAGCUUGAAAGUAGUGGCCAAGCUUCUUGACGGUCCAAACGAUGGCUAGCACCGUCUUCUCGACGGGAGAAUACCUGAGUUCGGCCUCCCGGAGGGUUUUGCUGACGUAGAAGAUGGCGUGUUGGAUGCCGUCUUCCUCUCGGAUUAGUACUGAGCUGAUUGCCGCAGGGCUAACACCGAGAUACAAGUAUAAGGUCUCCCCCACCUUCGGUUUGGAGAGCACCGGGGGAGAAGAGAGGUACUUCUUAAGUUCAUCGAAGGCCUCCUGACACUCAGAUGUCCAUUGGAAGCCAGCUGUCUUCCUCAUGAUUUGGAAGAAUGGGAGGGCCCUCUCGGCUGACUUAGAGAGGAAUCGGUUGAGGGCCGCCAGGCGACCCGUCAACCGUUGAACUUCUUUGACGUUGCGCGGAGGCUCCAUAUUGAUGAUGGCCUGAAUUUUCUCGGGGUUGGCCUCGAUACCCCUUCGGCUUACCAUAUAGCCCAAGAAUUUUCCACCUUGUACGCCGAAGGUGCAUUUCUUUGGAUUCAAUCGGAGGUUGAAUUUUUGCAUGAUGGCGAAGAUUUCCUGGAGGUCCUCGGCGUGAGUGCCGGCCUUCUUGCUCUUGACAAUCAUAUCGUCAACAUAGGCCUCCAUAGUGCGCCCCAAGACAGCUUGAAAGACCCUGGCCACCAUUCGGGUGUAGGUGGCGCCUGAAUUCUUGAGGCCGAAGGCCAUCACGAGGUAGCAGAAGAUGCCUUCGGGUGUCAUGAAGGCAGUUUUUUCAGCGUCUUCUUCAUGCAUAUAGAUUUGAUGAUACCCGCGGAAUGCGUCGAGGAAGGACAUGAUUUCGCAUCCCGCGGUCUCAUCCACCAGUUGAUCAAUGUUUGGCAGAGGGAAGGGGUCCAUAGGGCACGCCUUAUUCAGAUCAGUGUAGUCCACGCACAUGCGGAAGGUAGGAGGCUUCUGUGCAAGGACUACAUUGGCUAACCAAGAGGGGUAUUUUACCUCCUUGAUAUGUUUGAUGGAGAGGAGCAUGGCUACCUCCUUCUUCACGAACUCCCUUCUCUCGGCCGAGAGGGGUCUUCUCCGCUGUUGUACUGGUUUGGCCGAAGGGUCCACCGCUAGGCGGUGGGUGAUGACCCUUCGGUCAAUUCCCGGCAUAUCCUCCGGCCCCCAUGCAAAAACAAUGGAGUAGGCGCGGAGGGCUUUGGUGAUGCCAGCCUUCAAGUCUUCGGGGAGCUUGGCUCCAAUCUUCAGGACUCUCUCCGGCUUGGCCGGAUCGAGUAUCAAGUCUUCGGUCUCCUCGGCAGGCUCAGCUCUCGGCCUGCCUUCUUCUUCCUCCAAGGCCCUGGUGGUGAUGGUGUCCACACGUAGUUCUGUUUUACUAACCUUCUUGGUAAGUUGAAGGUAGCAGGCCCUGGAGAGUUUUUGAUUCCCCCUCGAGUAGCCGAUGCCGGUGGGUGUGGGGAACUUGAGGCAGAGAUGCCUCAUAGAGAUGACGGCUUCCAAAUCCUCGAGGGCGGGCCGGCCGAGGAUGAUGUUGUGUGCGCAGUCGAGGUUGACGACGACGAACUCCACUUCGAGCUUGGCUCUAUGGGAUCCGUCGCCGAAUUCGAUCAUGAGUGUGAUGACGCCCUCGGCGUCUAUGCUGUCCCCCGUAAAUCCGGAGAGGGGGGUGUUGAUGUGCCGAAGGGACCCCCUGUCGAGUCCCAAUUCUUGAAAAGUGCUGAGAUACAUGACGUUGACCGAACUCCCCGUGUCGACGUAAGUCCGGUGGAUGAUGGCGUCGUUGAUCUCAGUGCGGAUGACGAGGGCAUCCCUAUGCGGCAGAGAACCCGAGGGGAGGUCCGCAUCCGUGAAGAAGAUGGGAUCCGCCCUCGGCCUCUUAGUCGGGGGCAUGUGAUUAACUUCCCCAAUGUAAAGGGACUGCGCCCAUUUCUUCCUUUGGCUUGUUGAAUCGCCCCCGGUGUUCCCGCCGUUGAUCAUGUGAAUGUGGCGCUUGUAUUGUUGAUGGGAGCCUUCCCCCUCAUCUUCGAGGCCCCCAAUUUCUCGCUUCUUCCCCUGUGGGUUCCCCAAGGGGAUGGUGUUGGGGUUUACCCACUUGUUUGCCUUCGGCGGAGGCCCUUGAUGAUGAAGGGGGCCCUGGGGAGGAGGGCCCCUGAUAAACUGAGAUAAGUGGCCCGCCUGUAUCAGCCUCUCAAUUGCGUUUUUCAGUUGGUGGCAGUCGUCGGUUUUGUGCCCAUGGUGGCGGUGGAAGCGGCAAUAUGGCUCAUCAGGGCCGAUGGCAUAGAUCUCGAGGGGUGUACGGGAGUCUCGCUCAACGAGCCCCCGCUCUUCCGCAUGAUCAAGGAUGACGCUGACGGGAUGCGUCAAGGGAGUGCGUGGGUGCUCAAGGAGGACGGGUUGCGCCCAUGCCUUCGGAUUAUUCUUAUAACCGCCCCCGGUUCUGGCUUGGCCACCUCGGGGGCGAUCGUUGUUUUGCGCUUCUCGGUUGACCGGGGGGGGAGGUCCUCCGGGCCGAUUCCUGCCUUCAUUCUUCUGGGAAGGAUCCGUGUUGCGGCGGUCCUUCUCGAUUUCCUCCGCUUCAGCGUAUCGGUCCCCCCGCUGAAGGGCCUUUGUAUAAUCGCGGGGGGGAUCAGUGAUAAGGCUUCGAGAGAAGUUACCGUUGCGGAGGACGGUGUGGAAGAGGGCCAUCAGCGUCCUGUCAUCGGCGCCUUCGACCUCGAGGGAGGCCUGCCUCCAGCGUUCCAGGAAACUCCGAAGGGUUUCCUCCUUCUGUUGUCUCACGUUUAGGAGGUGGGAGAAGUGUUUCUUUGAGCGAUGCCUCCCAGCAAAUUGCGUAAGGAAGCGGUGGGCAAGUUCUUGCCAAGAAUCAAUGCUGCCUUCGGGCAACCGGUUGAACCACUCAUACGCUGGUCCCUCCAAGGUGGAAAGGAACCAACGGCAUAAGUAUUCAUCCGAGGCCCCCAUCAUCAUCAUGCUAUUUUGAUAGCGGCUAUAAUGCUCUUGGGGAUCAGUCUUCCCCUCAUACGGCUUGAUGGGUUGCCCGCGAUAUUUGUGGGGGAUUUUGGCUGCCAACACCCUUGGGGUGAAGGGCGUCCUAGUGCGGAGCUGAAUGAGGGGCUCGCCUGAGCCUUCGGCAAGUUUACGUUUCAUUUCCUCCACCUGUGCCCGGAGGUCAGCGUACUCCGGAUCUGGCCUCGCUGUGGAAGCCGUCGGGGGUGCCUGGCGAUUCUCCUCGAGUUGACGGAGGAGGGCUUCAAUGAUUUCGUCCUUGGGAUCCUUCGGGGCAACCCCUUGGGAGUUGGCCCGGAAGGAUUGCGCCUGAUUGAUCUGGUGCCUGGCGUCAUCGGCAUGGAGGAGGGCUUUGCCUUUGCUCCGUGGGGGAGGCACGCCCUCGGCGCCCGAAGCAGAGGCUCCACUCUCCUGGGGCCUGCUGAAUGACUGUUUCCCGAGGCGGUCUUGGACCCCUCGGUGCCCGGGAGCUCCCCCAAGCCUCUCAAGUACAGAGGUUCGGGGUUUCUCUUUCAUCAUGGGGCGCUUGUCCCUGGAUUGGGCCUCUUGGGAGGCGGUAUCCUGUGCCAUGACCCCCUCGGCAUUGCCAAUCCCCGGGGGAGGACUGUUGAACAAAGGAGGGAGUGGUGGUAGUUGGAUAACAUUCCCUCCAGCGUGGGGCUGAAGGGGCGCCUGGGAGGCGAGGGCUCCGGAAUUGAGAGCCAUGUUUUGAACAAAGGCCGCAAAGGCAGCCUGAAGAUCGAUGGCCGGGGCCGGAGGGGGAACUUGGUUCUCACUCCGAUCCCUCCUUCGAUUAUCAAGGCCAAUGCGGGCAUCAGGGGCGUUCUUCUGUAGUUGCUGACGGAGGUCAGCAGUAGCCUGCUCCAACUCAAGGAUGAUACCACCCUCGGGUACUAAGAGCCUGUUGGAGGCCUCAGCCCCGUUGGUUUCGCCGGGGGCUAUGUGGUUCUCCUCAAGGGUUUUGGACUGGGCACGGGUGGUUCUUCCCAUUUUUGGUAAGUAUUUCGUGUUUGGUAGAGGGGGAGGGUUUCUUACUUGAUAGUUCAGACCUCUCAACGAGAGCACCAAAU